CAGAUCGUGUGGUAAUCGGCUGAGCAGGAAUUUACCAAAAGACCAUUUACCAAAAAGAAGAAGAAGACUCUAAUAAAGUUUACUUUACUUACUAAAUGGAAAAUUGGAAAUUUGUUUUUUUCGGAUAAGAAUAAUAAUAUAAUAAUAACAUAACUGUGUGACUGAAAACUUUUUGUAAAAGUUUUUAUCUUCUUGCAAAGCAAAGUCCCAUCAUGGAGAACUACGGCAAUGAAAUAGGACAGAAAAUGAGAAGUGCCGUCAAGGCAAAACUUCAAGAAUUGGGCACCGGAGGAUCUGCUGGUUACAUUGACGAUGAAUUACCGGAUUAUGUUAUGAUUAUGGUGGCAAACAAAAGGAGCAAACAACAGAUGAUAUCGGACCUGAACUUAUUUUUAGGCAGCCAAACAGAGUUGUUUGUCACCUGGCUCCAUGAAGUUCUGCAAAAGCUGCAAGAAGUAACACUGCCGGCCAUAAGUGCCUCUCUAUCAAAGAAACGCAAAUCGUCUCACAAAGAAGACCCUACAGCAGCAACAUCGUCGUCGUCGUCAUCUAAAAAGGAAAAGAAGCAAAUAAAAAAAGAGAAAAAUCCGGUCAAAAGACCCAAGGAAUCGGUGGAAAGUCCCGACAAAAAUAUUAGUGGCAAGACGAGUGGUUCCAUUCGGGACAUAUUCGCCGAAGAGUUGCUGGAAAAGGCCAAGCAUGAAAUAAGUGCUACAACUGAUAUUGCACAGAAUAUUAAAAAACACAAAAACAAAUCCGCUUUGGAGGAAGAGGAUAUCUCUUCUGAAAUGCCAAACGAAACGCAGGACUUUGACAUACCUACAAUCUCAGAAAUAUCGUCGACAACAGGGGCAACAAAUACCAAGACAAAUGAAAGGGAAAAGGAGCCGAAAAUUAUCUCAGGAAAUCGAGAAAAAGACUUGGCAGAAUUGGCUGAAAUUCAGAAAAAGAUCUACGCGGCUAAGAAACAACUAAAGCAGAUCGGAGAAUUGGAUGAUGAUGAGUAUGAUGAAGACUUUAUUACUCUUCGCGAUGAUGAGAGUCGGGAAACGUUUAGUGAGCCAGCCGAUAGUCAAAGAACGCCACCCGCAAACUCACAGCGCUCAAAAGUUAAAAGCCCUAUUGUAUUUGAAAAAGACGACAAACCGAAAGAAAAAAUCUCGGAACGUGACGAAGACAAACGUAGCCGUUUUACACCUCCAUUCACAACUUUGACAGCUAGCUCUCGAGGUAUUAGCCCGCCCAAGGAUGCGGUGUCAGAGAAACCAAAGCGUCCUGUGCACGAACGUCUAGGUCUAAGAAGUCCCGGCACAUCAUCUAAAGACACAUCCCGUGAUAGAAGAAGGAAUUUGCAAGAGAAAGAAAUCUACGUGCCGGCUUUUCGCCGCAAGGAAAUGGAAAGAGAAAGAGCACGUGACGUGAAUAGGGAUCAAAGCCGAGAAAGGCCGUAUAGGGGACGAGAAAGGGAACGUGUUUCAGACAGGCGAAUGGAAAGGUCAAGAGAAAGCGAUGGUAACCAGUCACGAGGGCGCUCACGAGUGCGUAGAUCUGUCGAAGACAGAGAUAGAAGACGGGGUACACCCGAAAAGCCCGAAAUUCGAAGUUCUAGUCAAGUGGGAAAAAUAAGCACAACAACGCUCAGCAGCAGUUCCGAUCAGAACUCGCCGGAUGUUAAUUCAUCGCGAAAUCGCAUCGGAUCGCGGGUAAUAGUAGCUCCUUCGAAGGUUAUGGAGCCAUCCGACGAGGAAGAUCUAACUGAUAAACCCGUUAAUUCGGUGAUAAAAAUAAAACCCCGAGCAACGGUGUCGCCCAGCAAACAGGCUCCGAAAAAUUUGCUGCUGCGUGCUGUGGCCGAAGCCCAGAAAUCCACUAUUCUCAAAAGACUAAACACUUCCAAACCAAAAAUAAUCGCACGUUUGGGUGACAAAGUUGUGCCAGAGCGCAACACCAAACUCUAUUCAAAGUCUUUUAGAGAUCGUCGAAAGUCUACGGCAAGCGUUGGGGCAAUUUUCUCCCGUACGGCCCAGAAUCUAAUUGUAGAAGUUAAUGGAAGAUCUAAAGAACGUUACGCCUCUAGUUUGGUUGCAAAUGCUGAUGAGGAAUAUAUACCGGAGAUUGUAUCCGAUAAGGGCGAAUCCGAUCCGGAUAUGGUGUAUGUACCACAGUCUAUAAAACCGCGCAAGCCUCUCGAUGACGAAGAGAAUUGGAGCACUGCCGAUUCAGAUAGCUGUUAUGAACACAUAGACUUAGUUGAGGGAGAACACCGAACUCCUGACCAAAACACUCAGUUCGUAGUUACGCUGAAUGAAGAGAAUACUUUCCCCAAAUUGAAAUGCCGUGGCGGUUCGCGAUACUCAACAUCACCACCGCCACAAGUUACGUCAUCAUCAAACCAUGCCAAAGAUCGUGAAAAAUACCCAGAGCCAACUUCAACUUCUAACUCCUAUUCGACGCGCAAGGCAAGCAUAAAGGGCAGAAUUUCCAGCAAAUCCUCGUCGCACGACAACGAGUCUUCCCCUUUCAUCGCAGAGGGCAGCACAACACCUCCUAGGCGUUCCGAAUUGAUUGAAGUCUAUCGAAAACCAAAAGAGGUUAAGAAAAUCAUAAUAAAAAAUGACUCUGAAGACGAAGAAAUGAGUCCAACAAAGAAACGUACACCCGAACAGGAAAGUAGCAAAAAACGGCCAGCUAAAGACUAUGAAAACAAGUCGAAUACGCCGCCACCUAAACCAAAUCGACAAAAAGAAUCUCUAACGCCAUCGAAGCGUAAACAUGUUCCAAUUAAAUUUGAUUUGGAUGCCGACAAUAAAGACAAAAAGGAGAAAGAGAUCAAGAGGGAAAAUAGUCCAAUUCCGUCGAAGAAAAGGCGAUCUCCAUCUCGAGACCGAGACCACAGCAGAGAUAGAAGUAGAGAUCGCGAACGAGCUGCUUCCCACGAAAGACGCGAAGAGAAAAGGAAAAUAUCCAUACGAAAUGCAGAAGCAAAGAAAUAUGAAAAUAUACCAAGUUCAUUAAACUCUGUGCCUGUUGAUUCGACGGCCUACCGCAAUGCCAAGCCCAAAGAAAGGUGCAAAUAUCAUCCCAAUUGCACCAAGUCUUUUUGCGAGUUCUAUCAUCCGACGGCGCCCUGCAAAUCGUUCCCGAACUGUAAAUACGCCGAUAAAUGCAUGUACUCACAUCCGAAAUGCAAAUACGAUCUGGCCUGUGUUAAUUUGGAUUGUAAUUUUUCACACAGUGGACCGCGAAGUUCAAGUCUGCUAGAACCUACAGCUCCACCUCUAUCAUCUUCAGUCGUACCGGUGCAAAAUUACAAAUCGAUUUCGUCUGCUGCCGUCACUGGUCCAGUGUCCUCGACUACUUGUAAAUUUUUCCCAAAUUGCACAAAAUCAGCUUGUCCCUUCUAUCAUCCAAAGCCCUGUCGCUAUGGCAAGAACUGUAUCAACAAAUUGGAGUGUCUGUUCUAUCACCACGAAGUACUCAGCAGUAGCAAAUUCAAAUGGGUGGCAUCCAACUAAGUGGGAAAAUGGUAUCAAAGCAGCCAGCAAGCCAGCUGGCCACAGUAGUAAUGUGGUCUCUCUACCCCGAUUAUGAGGUACAGCAGGAGAUUUCACUUAUUCGAGAUUUAUUAAAAAAGGCAUACUAAAAAAGACUUAACCGCUCGUUGUUAAGCCAUUAUCCUUUCAUUACAGCCCUUUAAUAAGUUUUCGCAAUUCACUUCAUUAA